GGAUGACGUAUUUAUCAAUGCCCGCGCCGAGCAGCGCGCGGCCAGGGCGGCCAAGCUGCUGGAGGCUUUGGCAGAGCUCGAAGACCCUCAGGUCUGCAAGGCCAUUGACAAACGCUUCUCCAUAGAUACAGUUUCUUCCUCCGCGCCUGUGGCCGCUGCAGUGGCCGAGCUCAACAACCAACUCCCUGCCAACCGUGCGCUCAUGGUGCACGCCGCCCUGGCCAACAAGGGAAGGCACCUGUCCGAGCUCAUCGAUACUGCUGGCUGGGAAUACCAGCUGGCACAGGCGCCUGCGGCCGAGAAGGCUGCGCUCCGCUCUGGAGCCGGCCUCGGCGCCAGAGCCUUCCUGGCGGCAAUCCCGUCCGGCAAGACCAGCAUGGAACCCGCAAUUUUUAUUCAGGAACUGCGCUUCCGCCUGGGGCAUGCAUGA